AUGAAGCAUGGACUCGCGUACGGGUUUGCGAUUCUUUGGCUCAGUUGUUUUUCAGUUUCUAGAGCUGGAAAUCUAGAAAAGGCAAUACAACUCUUGAUUGAAAAACUGAAAAUCGAUCUGAAAGAAGAUUCCUCUAGCAUCAGAGACGUGGUGUCAAAUCUUCGAGACGUGGUGUCUAAUCUAAGAGACGAUGUGUCUAAUCUAAGAGACGAUGUGUCUAAUCUAAGAGACGAUGUGUCUAAUCUAAGAGAUGGUCAAUCGGAUAUAAGAGACAUUAAUUUUAUAUUGAUGAAGCAUUUAGAUGAACGCAUAAGUGGCAACAUCGUCAUAAAUGAUACUAAAGCUGAUAUUCCAGUUAUCUCUGACGCGUGUUCUAAGGCAGCAACAAUGUUUGAAACAAUUCAGGAUCAGUUAAGGAGUUUCCCAAAAAAGUGUCCCUUUGAUGUUGGAGGUAAUUGCAGCAAGGCAUUUGGGGCAGACACUGUAAAGGAAGAUCUUGAUAUGUUGAAAGAACAAAUGAAGAAACUAGCAGAUGUAUGCAAGACAGAAUCAGAUGUCGAAAUAUAUAAAGAACCAUGUACCAAUGCCACUUUGUCUAUAUCAGAGGAUUGCUUUGGACGACCUGAUGGUGUUCAUAUAAUUCUUACCAAAAGAGGAAAACAAUUUCUUGCAAUGUGUGAAGCUGGGUGGCUUAUCAUUGCACAUCGUUACGAUGGAAGUGUAGAUUUCAAUAAAGUCUGGGAGUCCUACAAACUUGGCUUUGGCAAAGUCUGGAAAGAACACUUCAUAGGAUUUGAAAAUAUUCUUUCUUUAUUGCAACAGAAGAGAUAUAAAGCUAGGUUUGACCUCACCACAUGGGAGAAUGAGACAGGAUACGCUGAAUACCAUACAUUUGACAUUAAUGAUGAGAAAUACAAAUACAGAAUAAACAUCGAUGGUUAUAGUGGUACAGCAGUUUCUAGAGCUGGAAAACUGGAAAGCGCAAUACAACUCUUGAUUGAAAAACUGAAAAUUGAUCUGAAAGAAGAUUCCUCUAGCAUAAGAGACGAGAUAGCAAAUCUACGAGAUGAUGUCUCAAAUCUACGCGAUGAUCAAUCAAAUUUACGAGAUGGUCAAUCGGAUAUCAGGGACAAUAUUUUUGAAAUGAAGAAACAGUUGGAUGAACAUACAAAUGACAACAUCGCAAAAACUGACACUGACCCUAAGGCUGAUGAUCCAGUUUUCUCAGAUGGUUGCAAUAAGUCAACAACAAUGUUUCAAACGAUCCAGGAUCAGUUAAAGAGCUUCCAACAAAAUUGUCCCAAAGAUGAGAUCUCUGUCAGUCGUCCUGUUGAUGAUGGAGAACCAUGUAACAAUGCCACUUUGCCUGUAUCAGAGGACUGCUUUGGACAAUCUGAUGGUGUUCUUAUUAUUUUAAACAAAAUAGGAAAACCAUUUCUUGCAAGGUGUGAAGCUGGGUGGCUUAUCAUUGCACAUCGUUACGAUGCAAGUGUGGAUUUCAAUCUAGACUGGGACUACUAUAAACAUGGUUUUGGCAAUAUCUGGAAAGAACACUUCAUUGGAUUGGAAAAUAUUGUGUCUGUGUUGCUCCAGAAGAGAUACAAAGCCAGGUUUGACCUCACAACAUGGGAGAAUGAGACGGGAUACGCAGAAUACCAAACCUUUGACUUUAAUGAUAAGAAAGACAAAUACAGAAUAACAAUCGAUAGUUAUAGUGGUACAGCUGGUGAUUCAAUGAAAUAUUCCAACCAUAUGCGAUUCACCACAAAGGAUUCUGAUAAUGAUAACUAUGUUGGUAAUUGUGCCUUGGUUUUUGGCGAACCCCAUUGGUAUGACACAUGUGGUAAUGAUGUCAAGGGCUCUAUCUUUGGUAUGUACUCAAAGACUCCGAAAUGUUCAAAAGAAAAGAAAGAAGAGACUGUACUGUGUAUGUAUAGCUCCUGUAGAAUGUUAGUUGUAAAACAUGAUGCCUUGGACACCUGCUCAAAAGACAAUUGUGCUAGGAAGAAAAACGCAUUCAGUGGUGACUACAACUGCAAAAAACUGAAUAACUUCCUAACCAUAGUGUUUUGGCUCUUCAGAUUUGGCACAAAUCAUCUUCAUUCACUGUAUGGUAAAUCUAUAGAGUGA